AUGCAACCCAUAACCACGAGCACCAUACAAACCAACGUAGCAGUCGGUGGUUCGUCGUCAGAUGAGGUAUUCGACGAUGGCCAAACAAUCGGUGGUUGUUGUGGAGGGUUCAAGCGCGUGGUGGAAUUGGACGCAUUGGAUGAAGCCUUCCACCUAUUCGUGUCUGGGGCGAGGAUGUGUGUUGCAUUGAUGUCGUUGACCGAAGCGGCACUUGCCGUGCCAUGUUGUAAUAGUAGCGACGACGACGCUGUCUGGAGGAGGACGUUAGGUUCAUGCAUCGUGGCAGAGAAGCCAGAGGCCAACGCUAGCAUCAGCGCAACCCAUCGCAUCAUGGUCGUGUAA